AUGGCGGACGACGACCCCCAUCUUUCGCUCCCCACGCCCGACACGUUCGGCUCGCCCACCUCCCACUUCUACCCCUUCGCAACAUCCCCCGAUAUAAUUCGGUCACACGAGAAAGAUGUCUUCCUCACAAGUGGACUCGUCCAACAAGCCCAAACAAUCGUGCGCUCGCUCCGCGGUGCCCGCUACGCCCAUACCAACUCUGACACCAUCAAACACCUCACCGAGCUACUCUACUUCUCCCUCACAACAGCAAUUGGCAAUCGCACCCUCGGCGAAGAAUACUGCGACCUAGUCCAGCUGGAAGAUGAUACCCUCCGUCUUCCAGCCAUCGGCCGACGAGUCGGAUACAUUCUCAGCACAAUCCUGGUUCCCUGGACCCUCCAGCGGACCCUUCCAGGCCUGAGACAACGCGUCCGCAACAAGCUGGAACGAAGCAUCGCAAAGCAACAAUUCCGCAACGCCCAACAAGCCUCCCUCCUCAAUAAACCCACCCUCUCCAGCCCCGACUCCUCCAAUAAAUCCAAGAGCGCUGCACGCCCGUUCUUCACAAAGCUCCGCAUCCAGCAAUAUAUUCUUGAGCAUCUGGACUCGAUUACCUCUAUUUCGCCUAUCUAUGCGCUAAGCAUCGCCACCUUUUACUUCACGGGUAGCUAUUACCACCUCUCAAAACGAAUCUGGCGUCUCCGCUACGUCUUCACGAAGAAGAUCGAAGAAAACGAGCAACGGAUUGGCUAUGAGGUUCUCGGUGUCUUGAUGGUUCUUCAAAUCGCUGUCCAGGGAUUUCUGCAUGUGCGCAAGAUUAGUGCUUCUGCGAAUGAGGAUGAUUCUACCGCUGUGGAGUCGGGCGAGAAGGAUUCCGCAUCUAGUGCUCUUCUCCCGUCAAUUCAGCACCCUUCCUCGAUACCUGUUCUCCCUGCUUCCGCGGCCCGCUAUGAUCUGGAAGAAGACCCUGGUGCGGUGGCGUGGAUUCCGGAUGGACAACAAAGGAAGUGUACGCUCUGUUUGGAGGUGUUUAAGGACCCCAGUCUUACGACCUGUGGACAUGUCUUUUGCUGGGUGUGUGUUAGGGAUUGGGUGCGAGAGAAGCCCGAGUGCCCGCUCUGUCGGCAGGAAGUCCUGUUGUCGAAGGUUUUGCCUCUGAGAGGAUAG